CUGUCAUUCCGGCGCAUGCGCGCGCGCGGGUGAGAGGUCGGCAAGAUGGCGGCGGCCUCCUCGGGGGAUGAGGUGCCGGACAACGAGGACUAUUACUCGUUGCUGAACGUGCGGCGGGAGGCCUCUCAGGAAGAGCUGAAAGCCGCCUACCGUAGGUUGUGUAUGUUGUACCAUCCUGACAAGCACAGGGACCCGGAGCUCAAGAGGCAGGCUGAGCAGCUCUUUAACCUUCUCCACCAGGCUUAUGAAGUGCUCAGCGACCCACAGACAAGAGCCAUCUAUGACAUCUAUGGGAAAAGAGGCCUUGAUAUGGAAGGUUGGGAGGUGGUGGAGAGGAGGAGGACGCCUGCUGAGAUCCGGGAGGAAUUUGAACGUUUGCAGAGAGAGAGGGAAGAGAGGAGGCUUCAGCAGCGGACGAACCCCAAGGGGACAAUUAGCGUUGGAAUAGACGCCACCGACCUCUUUGAUCGGUAUGACGAGGAGUACGAGGAAGUACCGGGGAGCGGCUUCCCCCAGAUUGAAAUUAACAAAAUGCACAUAUCCCAGUCUAUCGAGGCCCCUCUGACCGCCACAGACACGGCAAUCCUGUCUGGAAAUCUCUCAACCCAGAACGGGAAUGGAGGCGGCUCUGUCAACUUGGCCCUGAGGCGGGUGACGUCUGCCAAAGGCUGGGGAGAGCUGGAGUUUGGAGCGGGAGACCUUCAGGGCCCUCUCUUUGGUCUAAAGGUGUUCCGGAAUCUCACAUCACGAUGUUUCAUUACGACGAAUUGCGCCUUGCAGUUCUCCUCCCGCGGGAUCCGCCCAGGCCUUACGACCGUCCUGGCGCGCAACCUGGACAAGAACACCAUGGGCUACUUGCAGUGGCGCUGGGGCAUUCAGUCGGCCAUGAACACGAGUAUUGUCCGGGAUACCAAGACCAGCCACUUCACGAUGGCGUUUCAGCUGGGCAUCCCUCACUCCUUCAUGAUGGUCAGUUACCAGCACAAGUUCCAGGAUGAGGAUCAGACGCGGGUGAAAGGAUCGCUCAAGGCUGGCUUUUUUGGGACCAUUGUGGAAUACGGUGCAGAGCGGAAGAUCUCUCGGCACAGCGUCCUCGGAGCCACCGUCAGCGUCGGCGUCCCCCAGGGGGUCUCUCUGAAAAUCAAGCUGAACAGGGCCAGCCAGACGUACUUCUUCCCCAUCCACUUGACGGACCAGCUGCUGCCCAGCGCCGUCUUCUACGCCACGGCAGGGCCUCUGGUCAUCUACUUCGCCAUGCACAGGCUCAUCAUCCGGCCCUAUCUCCGGGCACAGAAGGAGAAAGACUUGGAGAAGCAACGGGAGAGCUCGGCCAGCGACACUUUGCAGAAGAAGCAGGAAGCGGAGGCUGCAGUGCGGCUGAUGCAGGAAUCUGUCCGGAGGAUCAUUGAGGCUGAAGAAGCCAAGAUGGGCCUGAUUGUGGUGAACGCCUGGUACGGGAAGUUUGUCAACGACCAGAGCCGGAGGAACGAGAAGGUGAAGGUCAUUGAUGUGACUGUGCCCCUGCAGUGCCUAGUGAAGGACUCCAAGCUCAUCCUCACAGAAGCGUCCAAGGCCGGCCUGCCUGGCUUCUACGACCCUUGUGUCGGGGAAGAGAAGAGCCUCAAAGUGCUCUACCAGUUCCGCGGAGUUCUGCAUCAAGUGAUGUCCUCCGACAACGAGGCCCUCCGGAUACCAAAGCAAUCUCACCGGAUUGACACGGACAGCUAGUCUGGCGGGGGAAGCGUGGCCGGCGCGGGGUUCUGUGGCAGCAGGAAGCGAGCCGCCCUUCCUUCCUCCCUGGAUCCGAUUCGUCUUCAGCCUGACGGAGACACUACUUACUUUAUGACGUGCACAGAAGGUGGUUUUACACCAAUGAUGUUGUGGGACAAAAUGAGAGGAAACUGCUUUGACAAGACCGUGGCCACCGCCUGGGAUCGUGGCUCGGCCCGGGCAGCUGAACAUGCUGGCCUUUUCUCGCCUGCCCCUCGCCUGGGCCCGGCGGGGGAGAGCGGCAGAACCACCAUCGCCAGCCCAGGGGCGUUUUGGGGGGCAAGAAGGGAACGGUGCAGCAGGAGGUGCCCUCUCCUUCUUGCGGCGCGUGGGGCCGCUUCCGCUGAAGAAUGCCCCGGGUGGAGGGUUCACGGCCACCUCCCAGACCCCGUUGCACCUCAGCGAUGCAGAGAACGUGGCGCGCCCGUCUGUUCCAAAAUCAAAAAGCACUUUGGAGGUUCAGCUGUAAGCAUUUAUUUUAACCUGUGAACCUUCCCAAUCGUAAUCUCUUCCGCAGCUGAUAAUGCCAAUGAAGGGUGUGUGUCUGCAUUGGCUACGGAGGGUGUCCCUGCUGGGUUGUCCCUAUCCCAAGCAGGGUGAGAACCUCAGGAAACAGUGAAAGAAAGGAGCCACAAAAGUUUCCAGGUGCAAAACGCUUGAAGAGAGCGGGGUCCACCCACAGCCCAGGGUGCCAAACCGGAGGAAAGAGCUCACCGGGGCCCUUUGCGGGAGAAGCGUUUGAUGUUUGCAUGGAUCUCCCUCCCAGCUGAGCUGCUGUUGUGCCAUGCAAAGCGGUAGCAGCUGCAGGAAUGCCAGUACUCAGCUUGUGUCCUUGGCGGCAGCAGUAGCCUACGGGUCUGCAUGCAAAAGGAGGCAGGUCUGCCCUUGGUCAGCUUGGGAGCGUCUUCCUUUGCCUUUUAGGCAAGAUUCCCCACGUAUCCCAAGACAACCCUUGCAGCAACUGAAAACCCUUGAAACACCCCCACACCCAAACACUCGCUCCUUUCGUGUAGCUGCUGUUCUAUUGUCAUUUGGGGCCAGAGACUGUGUGUCCCCCCCCUGCCCCCCUCACUAACUGAGAUUCAGUAGCCUUUGCCCAGAGUCAAAGGAUCGCAGAUUCUGAGAUGCCUGGACUCUCGCCAGCCGCACCGUCCAUCCCCCCCCGCCCUCCUCCUCCUCGAAAUCAGGUGCUUGUUCCCUUGUCCUUUUGCGUAACAAUUCUUUUCUUCUCACGUUGCCACUGAGUCAGGCCCAUUUCCUCAGUUCACUAUCAACAAAGCAUCUUGUUCGUGUUGAUGCACGACGCACACAGGCACCCUCUUUCUUUUCCUGUAAGUGGAUCAUCCCAACUUCCUUCAAAUCUGAUGGAAUAAGCCUAACACCGUAUGGUCAUUCUAACAAUAAUCCCUUCUGAAAAGCAGCGAGUUUGUUUCCCAAAUGUGUAACCCCUCCUGGCCUCUUUGGGAACCGGAGCCAAGCUGGAAUGAGGGUGGAAAAGAGCGAGGAGUCAGCAGAGGCCCAACUUGUUUAGGGCGUCUAUUGAACCCAGACUAACCGCAUUGAUCCUGCCGCUUUUUGAACCCAGCCCCAAGUGCCGAGUCUGUGCUCUUCUCCCCGUCGCCUUGUGUGGACAGGAACCUUGCAAAGUGCAUGAGCCGCUGAUGAGGUCAGAGCCUCAGUUUUCUCCUGUAACACCUAAGGACAAUAAAAUGACCCACUUUCUUGAA